UCUCUCUCUCUCGGUCCUUCCUCCGAGCUUCCCACUUGACAAUUUUGCAUCUUCUUCCUCCCCCAAUUUGAAUAUUCCGGGUAAUCUUGGCGGUGCAUAAAAGCAGCGGCCACCCCCUCAGAGACCCAUUCAAGAACCGCCUCGCGAAUUGGUUUGUUCAGUUCGAAUUCGACCGCAAUGGCUUCCGUCAACAUCGUCUCUCUCCCCACGGCUCUCGCUCGCUUGCAAGUUUCCAGGAACUCGAAAUCAUCCAAUUUGCUGCUCCAGGCAAACCAUUCUUCGCAAAUUGGUUUUCCAUCUGAUAUAACCGCGGUUUCAUUGGGUGGUAAAUUAUCUUCCAGUGGGAGGGGUGUUGUUGCAGCAAAAGCUGCAGUGAUACCUGGCGGAGGUGAAACUUUGUCUUAUCCUGGUGAUUUUGUGGUGAGCGAGACUCUGAUUGGUGAGGAAUCAGUUGGCAUUCAAUUGCAGCCUGAUGCAGUAGUGUUUGGAGCGCUUGCAGCUGAUACUGCGCCUAUAAGCACUUCUUUCCCCAUUGAAGAUGAUGAAUUUGACUUGGACCAACCCACAACAGGCUUUGCAUCUAUUCCAGAAGCAAUUGAGGACAUCCGCCAAGGAAAGAUUGUAGUGGCGGUAGACGACGAGGACAGGGAGAAUGAGGGUGAUCUUAUAAUGGCAGCAGAAAUGGCAACACCAGAGGCUAUGGCAUUUAUUGUGAAGCAUGGCACUGGGAUUGUUUGUGUGAGCAUGAAAGAGGAAGAUUUGGAGCGCUUGCAACUUCCUUUGAUGGUGAAUCAGAGGCAGAAUGAAGAGAAGCUUCGGACUGCAUUCACUGUGACUGUGGAUGCAAAGCAUGGGACAACUACAGGCGUAUCAGCGCAUGACAGGGCAACGACAGUUUUGGCUCUUGCAUCUGGAGAUUCAAAACCUGAAGAUUUCAACAGGCCGGGGCACAUUUUCCCAUUGAAGUACAGGGAGGGUGGUGUCCUGAAAAGAGCUGGGCAUACAGAGGCUUCUGUUGACCUUGCUAUGUUAGCUGGAUUGGAACCGGUGGCAGUUCUUUGUGAGGUAGUGGAUGAUGAUGGCUCCAUGGCAAGAUUGCCUAAGCUUCGUGAGUUUGCACUACGGGAGAACUUAAAAAUUGUAUCCAUUGCUGAUCUAAUCAGGUACCGCCGGAAAAGAGAUAAACUAGUUGAACUUGCUGGUGCUGCAAGAUUACCAACAAUGUGGGGUCCAUUCACGGCCCAUUGCUAUAGAUCAAUAUUAGAUGGAAUUGAGCACAUUGCAAUGGUCAAGGGUGACAUUGGAGAUGGCCAAGAUGUCCUUGUGAGGGUACACUCGGAAUGCCUCACAGGAGACAUAUUUGGAUCUGCUAGAUGUGACUGCGGCAACCAGCUUGCACAGGCGAUGCAGCAGAUAGAAGCUGCUGGUAGGGGCGUGCUGGUAUACCUCAGAGGGCAUGAAGGAAGAGGUAUAGGUUUGGGGCACAAACUACGUGCCUAUAACCUGCAGGAUGAUGGGCGCGACACCGUGGAAGCAAAUGUCGAACUCGGGUUGCCCGUUGACUCUAGAGAGUAUGGAAUUGGUGCUCAGAUGUUGCGUGACCUUGGAGUCAGGACAAUGAAGCUGAUGACGAACAACCCGUCAAAGUAUGUGGGGCUUAAAGGUUACGGCUUGGCUAUUGCUGGGAGAGUCCCUUUAGUAACUCCAAUAACAGAGGAGAACAAGAGAUACUUGGAGACAAAACGCUCCAAGAUGGGGCACAUCUAUGGUGCAGAAGUCAAUGGCCGCUUCAGCAAUCUCAUAAGCAAAAACGGCAAGCCAAGUAGUACUGUUUCUUCUGAUCUGGCCGUGUUAGACUCAUAGGAGCCGCUGGAUAGUUCGACUGCUGAUGAUUUCUUUGGGGGGAUUCAAGCAAGUUAACU